ACGGCGUGUUGGCCGACUCACCACCUCGUGCUCCUGUCUCCAGCAACCCCUCCACCGGCUCCUGCGGCUCCCUUUGAGGCCAAUUGCACUCGUCAAGUCCUGUCCGCCCCCCAUGGCGACCGUCAAGGAAGAAAUGCGCGAGGUGCUCCUCGGCACCACGGAUGAGCCCCAGCUGUCGCAGCUCACGCGCGCCGCCUUUAUGAAGUACGCCCAAAAGGACGAGUCGGGCGAGUACUUUCUCAACGAGGACCAGUUCAUCUCCGCCGUCGCCCCCGAGAGCGAAGACUACCACAAGAUCAAGCGAUACCAGUAUGGCAUCCUCUUCCAGGUGGCCGACCGCGACCAGAAGGGCAAGGUCAGCAUCCACGACUGGUCCGUCUUCCAGAACCUGCUCGCCAAGCCCGACGCCGAGUACGAGGUCGUCUUCCGCUUCUUCGACAAGCGCCGGACGGGCUACAUUGACUUUGACGAGUUCUACCAGACAUGGAAGGCACACAAGACCGAGGACAGCCUGCCGUUUGACUGGGAGGGCCAGUGGGCGGCGCUGUACGUUGGCUCCAAGAAGCACAGGCACACCAUGACAUAUCCCCAGUUUGCCCAACUGCUGCGUGGACUGCAAGGCGAGCGAGUGCGUCAGGGCUUCACCUUCUUCGACAAGAACCGGGAUGGAUUUAUUGAGCCGGAGGACUUUCAGCGCAUAAUACGCGAGACUGCAAGCCACAAGCUGUCCGACUACCUGCUCGAGAACCUGCCCACACUGUGCAACAUCUCGGUGGGCAGCAAAAUCUCGUACGCCAACGUCCGCGCCUUCCAGAAUGUCAUCCAGCAGAUGGACAUGAUUGAGCUCAUUGUCCGCAAUGCCACGCAAAAGAGCCCCGACGGCAAGAUUACCCGCACCGACUUUCUCAACGAGGCAGCCCGCAUCAGCCGCUUCAACCUCUACACUCCCAUGGAGGCAGACAUCCUCUUCCACUUUGCCGGCCUGGACGAGUCGUCUGGCCGGCUCGGCCUGCGCGACUUUGCUCGCGUGCUCGACCCGUCGUGGCACAAGAUGGGCUCGCUGGCGGGAGGUGCCGUUGCUGAGGCAGGGCAAAAGGUGUUUGCGAGCACAAAGUCAAUAUGGCAUGACGUGCUCGAGUCGGUGCACCACUUUGCACUCGGAUCUCUGGCUGGUGCCUUUGGUGCCUUUAUGGUGUACCCCAUCGACUUGGUCAAGACGCGGAUGCAGAACCAGCGAGGCUCUGGUGUGGGCCAGAUCCUGUACAAGAACUCAAUCGACUGCGCCAAAAAGGUGGUCAAGAACGAGGGAUUCAGGGGCCUCUACUCGGGAGUCCUUCCACAGCUUGUCGGUGUGGCUCCGGAGAAGGCCAUUAAGCUCACAGUCAACGAUCUCGUACGAGGCAAGCUGACGGACAAGUCGACGGGGCAGAUCAAGUUUGCCGCCGAGAUGUUUGCGGGUGGCGCUGCAGGUGCUUGUCAAGUGGUCUUUACCAACCCCCUCGAGAUUGUCAAGAUUCGGUUACAAGUGCAGGGAGAACUGUCCAAGAAUGUCGAGGGCGUUCCCAAGCGGUCGGCCAUGUGGAUUGUGCGGAAUCUGGGUCUCGUUGGCCUGUACAAGGGAGCGAGCGCCUGUCUUCUGCGUGACGUUCCGUUCUCUGCCAUCUACUUCCCGACGUACAGCCAUCUGAAGAAGGAUUUCUUUGGCGAGAGCCCGCAAAAGUCGCUGGGGGUGCUACAAAUGCUGACGGCUGGAGCCAUGGCGGGUAUGCCCGCGGCGUACUUUACAACGCCGUGUGAUGUGAUCAAGACGAGGCUGCAGGUAGAGGCGCGCAAGGGCGAGAUUGCAUACACAGGGCUGCGACAUGCGGCUGCUACAAUUUUCAAGGAAGAGGGUUUCAAGGCCUUCUUCAAGGGCGGACCGGCGCGUAUCAUGCGGUCGUCGCCGCAGUUUGGAUUUACACUGGCUGGAUACGAGGUGCUGCAGCGAGCGUUGCCAAUGCCAGGAUCGGUUCAGACGGACGCGUCGAGCCUGGAACCCUCGGUGGGCCUGGAAGAGGCCAAGGCACCGCUGCCGUAUCUCCGGAGCCGCAACGCACUCAAGGUGAUCCUAGACCUGGACGAGAACUUUGGACGACCCAAGCUGCCUGCCGAUGCAAAGUUUCCGGGGAUUCCCGGAUUCGGCAGGCGGACGGAGGCGUAGGGCGGGCGCGUGUGGGGCAUGCAGUGGGCGCCGAGGACGGGCGGGGAUUGGUCGAGGGCGGGCGGGCAAUAGCGUUUGUGAGGACAGCCAUGGCUUGUUUGGCCGUGGCAUGUUUCUGGAGGCAGUCGUGUUGGCCGUGGGCAGUCGAGGCGCCGUGGUGGCGGCGUGUAGCAUAACGCAUGCACGGGGUGUAGAUGUGCAGGGAUUGCAUUUCUCAGCGGCACAGCAAUAGACACUAUAU